UGCCAUUGUUACAGUCGGCGAAAACCAUGCCCAGGGGCGGGGCAUCACCUGGCCUUUUAAAGUCACGUGGUACGUGUCUUCGUUUGGUCACGUCAUCGGGGGGCUGCGUGCUGCUAGCAGCGGGUAAGGAAAGAUGGCUGCAGAGGAGAGCAGGUUGAAGCAGCGGCAUCACAAAAGCAGCGUCUUCAGAGGAGGUGAUGAUGGAUUCAAAUUGGACAAAUCUCACCUAAGACACAAAGAGGACGAGGAUGAUCUGCUAGAUGAAGAGGAAGAAGAGGAGGAGGAUGUGGGCACAGCUCGGCCGCUGCAGAUUGUGGUGGCGAAUGAGGAGGAGCACUCCUUCUCCCUGCAGGAGGCGGCGCUGGAGCAGCUGCUGCUGCAGAAGGAGGUGCAGGACCUCCACGUGGUCGUGGUCUCGGUGGCCGGAGCUUUCCGCAAGGGCAAGUCCUUCCUGCUGGACUUCAUGCUACGCUACAUGUACAAAAAGUCGGAGGACUGGUGGAUCGGUGGGGAGAAUGACCCUCUGACUGGGUUUACCUGGCGGGGCGGCUGUGAGCGGGAGACCACGGGCAUCCUGGCCUGGAGCGAGGUGUUCGUGGUGGAGAAACCAGACGGUCAAAAGGUUGCAGUUCUACUGAUUGACACACAGGGGGCGUUUGACAGCCAAUCCACCAUUAAAGACUGCGCCACACUGUUUGCCCUGAGCACCAUGACCAGCUCUGUUCAGGUGUACAACCUCUCCCAGAAUGUGCAGGAAGAUGAUCUGCAGCAUCUUCAGCUCUUCACUGAAUAUGGAAGGCUUGCCAUGGAGGAAGUCUACGAGAAACCCUUCCAGACUCUGAUGUUUCUGAUCCGAGACUGGUGUUACCCCUACGAGCACCAGUACGGUUUGGAGGGAGGCCAAAGUUUCCUAGAGAAGCGGCUGCAGGUGAAACAGAAUCAACACGAGGAACUGCAAAAUGUCCGCAAACACAUUCACUCCUGCUUCUCCAACAUCAGCUGCUUCUUGCUCCCACAUCCAGGCCUCAAGGUGGCCACCAACCCUCACUUUGACGGCCGGCUCAGAGAUAUUGAUGAUGAAUUUAAGAGGGCGCUGCAGGAUCUCAUCCCGACGCUCCUUUCUCCUGAAAACCUGGUGGAAAAGGAAAUUGGAGGAGUCAAAAUCACAUGCAGAGACUUGCUGCACUACUUCAAGGCCUACAUGAAGAUCUACCAGGGAGAGGAACUUCCUCACCCUAAGUCAAUGCUGCAGGCAACAGCAGAAGCUAAUAACCUUGCUGCUGUGGCAGGAGCCAAAGAUUUAUAUAACAAAAGCAUGGAGCAGAUCUGUGGUGGAGACAAACCCUACAUUUCUCCAGCAGAGCUGGAGCGCCGACACACGGAGUUGCUGCAAACAUCCGUGCGACAUUUCCGCUCGGUCAAGAAGAUGGGCGGCGAGGAUUUCUGCCGGCGCUACCAGGAGCAGCUGGAGGCGGAGCUCAAUGAGAGCUACACCAAUUUCACCAAGCACAACGACGGCAAAAACAUCUUCUUUGCCGCACGGACCCCGGCCAUGCUGUUCGCCGUCAUGUUCGUCAUGUACGUGGUGUCGCUGGUCACCGGCUUUGUGGGCAUCAGUUACGUGGCCGUGCUGUGUAAUCUGGUGAUGGGCGUGGCUCUGACCGCCCUCUGCAUCUGGGCGUAUGUCAAAUACUCCGGAAAGUUUCGCGACGUUGGAAGAGUCAUCGACAUCGUGGCUGAAACUCUCUGGGAACAGAGGACUCCUCGAAAGGUUUUCUCCAAACUCUUCGAGGUGGCUCGAAGUCGGAUUCCGUUGGGUAGCCUGAUUCCAGUACCGCGACCCCGGCUCGCCUCAAACAACAACGUCAAGAAGAAAAACUAGCGGAGCGCCGACUCGACUCCUUGUUCAUUCUCUUCCCCUUCUGACCAGUUUCGGAACACUUUGCGAGACACACAGUUCUUUUUGACUGUAAAUCAUGGCUCCUCAUCAUGCAGCCGGUUGGUUUGGAGGGACCUGCUUCCAAUCCGGGCGUAGCGGUUUGUCGUCUAAAAAUGUAUCACGAGUUCAGCUAUUUACGAAAGAUAAGAGAUAUUAGUCUGUCACUGUCAUUCCAGAUGUGAUUAUCUGCCGGACAAUGUCGCAUUGAUUCCCGUUCAUGUGAAUGUACAAAUGAGCGCAUGACCUCUGACCCUCUCUCAUGGCUCCUCCCCUUCCUCUGGAGAUCACUUUCUCAAUCCCUGGAUGGCAUCAUGAGGAGCCGCAGCCAAAGUUUACAGCUUUACGUGUAGAUGCUCACUUGCCAGGAGGACUGAUGUGGAAAAUUUCUGGACUUUUAAGGAAAGUUUGACUCGGAUGAAGGGUUUUUGUUGUUGUUCACUUUUCUCGGGGUUUUAAACUGUCAAAUGCCUUUUUUGCAGAUGGAAGCGAUGCUUGAAAAGUCCACUUUAGCUCAGUCACCAGAUGCUGUGACUGUGACACCUUCGCUCCAUCUGGUGUUUCAAACUUCUCUUUUCUUUUUCUUUCCUUUUUUGGUUUGCAUUCCACUUAGUUUACAUGUGACGGACACGAACGUAGCACUUAAAUCUAACGCUUGCACAGAUUUCCGUGGUCUUGUUCUGCAUCCCGCCGGCUCAGAGCAAACGGUCAACUGAAGGUCCGACAUCCAGCAAAACUCACAACGCCUCCGGGUUUUUAAAAAUCCAUUUUGUCAUCUUUUUAUCUAAAUAUUUUGAUAGUUAGUUAUGACUUGUCGUGUCACUAGAGAAUUUUAAAGUUUAGUUUUGCAUGAUUUCAAACUACUGUAGGUUGAUGCUGGAUUUGGCAGGAAUUAAACACACACAUUUUUUUAUUUUAAUAUGACGAGGAAUAGGAAGAGACCAAAUGAGAUUUUGGGAGUUUUGACCCCGUAAAGAAGACAAAAGUGGUGGUUUAAUAUCUGAAAAACAUUUAUGUAUUAAUUAAUGCCAGUUUCCUCUUUGAAUCAGAGCUAGCUUGUUUAUUUUGAUUCACUUCAUUGUCUACCCUCCUUCUUUCUCUCUCAACAGUGAAUUUCAACACUGGUUUGUCAUAAAAGCUGAUGUUCCUUUAAGUUUCAACAGUCUUAAAUGCAAACAGCUGGAAUUAAAUGUGACCUGGAGGCUGUUUAUAGAGAAAUGAUGCACUUACAAGUAGUUUUUAGAUUUUUUUUUGUCUAAAAUCUGACUUUUAAAGAUCUCUACCAUAAAGACAGUGUUUGUUCAUUUAAAUAUAUUUAAAAAAAAAUCCAGCUCACCUCAGGUGUAGAUGAUCUAGAGCUUUCAAAAGUAAAUAAUUCCCGUUUUUAAACGCACUAGAUGUCUCAUAAAACACAGAGAAUAUUUAACUGUUGUGUUCUUGCUGUGAUUUCUGUUGUGGCGUCACUCAUCCGAUCACUAGAAGACUCCGGGUCAUAGCUGUGAAGUUUACUGAAUCCUUCCCUUCCCUUAUGUAAUCAUUCCAUCCACAUCACCACAAUGUGCUCUUUGCUUUGUACAGUUUUUUUUUUUCUUCUUACAGCCUCAUCCACACUUAAUGCAUGGGUAUGAAAACUAUUCAUAUAUAAAUAUACACUUUUCUAGACCUUUUUGUAGCUGGAAGACCAGUUGGUUUGCAGACCAGACUCGGUGAAGGAAUGCGUUUGUGACUUUCUGCAUAUGUUCAAUCUUUUAAUUUUUUUUUCUUUUACUUUUUAUUUUAAAGCAUAAAUAUAUAUGUAAAUUUAAUCUUAAACACUGCUGUUCCACCUUCUGCUGGCAAAGAAUGUUUAUAAUCAGUUUUGUUUCCUUCCUCCUGUUGCAUUUUAAAGUUAUUUUCAUUAAUUUAUUUUCAAUAUAAUAUUAAAGAAACUCAAUGAAAGAGG